GUGCGCGCCGCAGGCCCCGCCUCUGCCCUCCGACCCGGCUCCUGUCCCUCGGCGGUCAGCCCCUGAGACCCCGCCCCGAGGGGCCCAUCGCGCGUCCGCGCGCCGCUCUCUCUGGGUUACCGUCCGGCGUGUCGGUGACCGCGGUGGGUGGAGAGGCCGCCGCCGAACCUGUGCCCGCAGCCUGUACGUGAGAGGCGAUCGGCUCCCAGGGGCAGCUCUGGACUGCACCCGCCGGCUGCCGGCAGGAAAGGAAACCAGGGCACGGCCAGAUCAAGCAGCCCCCCCACAUCGCCGACGCAGUGACCGGGAGCUGACCUCCGGGACGCGCCGGCGGCGAUGGGCGGCGAGGACCUCGAAGCCGAAAUCCACCCGCUGAAGAACGACGGCGGGAAGUGGCGGGGCGGCCCGGGGGCCCGGGCGGGGAAGGGCGGCGGCCCGCGGAGCCCGGCCCCGCAGCCGCGCCUCUCCCGCUGCCGCACCGCGGCGUUUUUCCUCUCGCUGUUCGCCUGCCUCCUCGUGGUGUUCGUGGUCUCGUUCGCCGUCCCGUGUCCGGACCGGCCGGCGCCGCAGGGCGCGUGGAGCGUCAGCUACGACUCGGCGGGAUUCCUGCGGAUGGCUGCUUAUUGUUCGUCGUUCGCCAACCCGGAGUGGCUCAGCCCGUGGCCAGUCAGAGCCGACCUUCCUGAGGUCCCUGCCUUGUUGGGAGUACCGGACAUCAGCCUCCCUGGCAGGGAAGCUGCUGGUUUCACAUUACCCCCACCUGGAACCCAGCCGAUGGAGGGAAGAGCCACACCGGUCACCUAUGACUUUCUGGCUACAGAAGACAUAAACAGGGACAGGAUCCAAGAUGUCCUCUUUCUUUAUAAAAGCACCAAGGGCAGCAGCCAUUUCAACCUAUCCUGUGCUGAUGAAGGCUUCUCCUACCCCUGCACCUUUGCGGCGGCCAUGUCAGGGGCCAACGGCAGCAUGCUCUGGGAGAGGCCCGCAGCCCAGGAUGGGGCCCUUGUGGCCUGUGCUGUCCCGCAGCCAGGGGGCAGUGGGGCCUCCGCCUGCAUCAUCGUGGGCAGACCGGGCCCCUUCGUGGCUGUGGACGCGUCCACAGGGCAGAGCCUGUGGAACCGCCCCAGCGGCUUUGGGAGCAACGUGUCCGUCCUCGGCCCUCCGCUCCAGGUGCCGGAUGCCGACGCCGACGGGGCUCCAGACCUGCUGGUUCUCACCCAGGAGGAAAGGGAGGUUAUUGGCUAUGUCUAUUCAGGAAGCACCGGGAAGCAAAUUGGCCAUGGGGGCUGCCUCGGUGUGGAUGGGACCAGCGGCUCCCUCCUGCACGUCACCAGGGCAGGUGCCCACUACAUCCUUCUCCCCUGUGCUCAUGCCCUGUGUGGCUGCUCCGUGAAGGGUCUCUACGAGAAGGUGACCGAGAGAGACAGUGCCCUGAAGAAGGACGCCCUGUGGGAGGACAUGCUCAGCACACUCCCCGGCAGGCUGCCCAGGCGCAGCUCAGGGGCCAUCCACCACCUGAUGAGUGUGCCGGGGGACGCUGGCGAGGACCUGCUCCUUGUGAGCUCCGAGGCCUGUGUGCUGUUGGACGGACAGGAUCUGGCGCCCAGGUGGACUCUCAGUGUAGCCCAGGUCCCGAGAAAACCUGUCCUUGGCCACUACAAACCUGACACCUUGGCCGUGGUCAUUGAAAACGGAACUGGCAUUGACAGACAGAUCCUGCUCUCGGACCUCAGCACUGGGGCUGUCCUGUGGAGCCAGGCCCUCCCUGGCCUCCCUGGGGACCCGCAGUCUGCCAGCCUGCCAACUGCAGACCACCGCUCAGCCUUCUUCUUCUGGGGCCUGCACGAGCCAGAGGGAGCCAACCAGACGGAACGCAGAGACUCCCGGCACAGCCUGUACAUGCUCCACCCCACCCUGCCCGGCAUUCUGCUGGAGCUGGCCAACGUCUCCGCCAACAUCGUCGCCUUCCAAGUGGCCCUGUUUGAGCCCGGCCGCCACGCCGCCUUUGUCCUCCUGACGGGCCCGGCCAGCCCCCACGCACCGGGCCUGGUCUCCGUGGUCAAGCGCAAGGUGCGGGACCUGGUCCCCGGCAGCAGAGUGGUCCGCCUGGCCGCGGGCGUGCCUGACAGCGACCAGGCCAUCCGGGACCGGUUCUCCCGCCUGCGGUACAGAAGGGAGGCCUAGGUGCACAGCAGCCGCGGAAGGAGCGCCCUGGGGAUUGCCCCUCACUGCUCAGCCCGCACGCUGGCUGCCCCCUCCUGACUCUGAGGACGCCCUCCGUGGGGUGUCAGUCCUGCCAGCCUGAUGUCCUCUCACGAUGCGGUCCUGCUCAAGGCCGGCUGCCUUUGUGCAGGCCUCACUGGGCCCCUUGGGCCUUGCUCGCCCUGCAGCACCCCACCUCCCUUGUCUCCGCCCAGCAGGGCCAUCGUUGUGGAGGAGCCCAGGCCUGCCCUGCGCUGUCCCCCUGGGGUGUGGGACCCUGGGAUGGCCUUGGCCACAGCUGGGACCUGAGGCAGUGCCAGCCCCCAGCCCCUCCAAGAGCAAGGAGGGGAGGCCCUGGCAUGGUUGGUGACUGGCCUCGGAGGGCCCUUUGGCCGGACGGGUGUGCAGGAGCUUGGGGGGGCAUGGAGGGUGGGGCUGCCCUGGAGCUGGGAGGCUGGCCUGCCGCCCAUGGACACCCCCCGGGGCCCCACACCCCUCUGCUGGCUGACUGCUGUGAAUGUCCUGAGGAACUAGCCAUGGGACGCACCUGGGGUCACUUGGCGCCCCCUUCACACACUGGAGCUGCUUAUCCCCUGGUCCCUGUGCCUCUCCUUCCUGGUGCCACCGUCCCGGACAGUGGUGCACGGGAUGCAGGACCCACCUCUGUGCCUUGUACCCCAGGCCGCCACGGUGCUCGUGUGGCUCAGCCUCACCCCAACAAAAAAAAUCCAGUCCCGCAGGAAGAAAUAACAAUAAACAUUUGAACUGUGAAAAGGC